UGAUUGACAAUACAGAAUUUUGAGGUUAGGUUUUUCCAACAUAUCAAAAUCGUCUUUUCCUCUAUUCGAAUAAAAGUUAAGAAUAGAAAAAAUGUCGAAACUUUUAACGAAUUUAUUUAAUCCAACAAAACUACAAAUACGAACUAAGAUCAUUAAACACAGAGGCUUCACACCGCGAACAGAUAAAGCACCAUUGCAAGUGCCGGAGAAUUUGUCAGAAAUUCAAGCAGAAAUAAAAGCUGCUAAACAACCUGAAAAUGUGCAUUUGAUGCAUCCAGAUUAUUUUAAUGUUCACAAUUUGUUUACGGUGACUGACUUAUUCAAUGCGAGAAUUCAUUAUGGUCACAAGGACGGAACACUUGAUAACCGAAUGAAGCCGUAUAUAUUCGGAAAGCGAAUGGGUCAUAUUAUAUUCGAUUUGGAUAAAACCGCACUCUAUUUGCGAAACGCAUUGAAUUUUAUUGCUCACACUGCGUAUCGUGAUGGUAUUAUUUUGUUCAUUGGACGUAAUCCACAGUUCACCAAUUUGAUUGAAAAUACAGCAAAAGAAUGCGGCGAAUAUGCUCAUACUAGAGCAUGGCGCUUAGGAGUGUUUACAAAUUCGAUUGGACAAUUCCACGGACAAAUUCGAUUGCCAGAUUUGUGUAUUUUUCUAAAUACGUUAAAUGAUGUUCUUUUACCACACCCUGGGAUAGUUGAAGCAGCAAAAAUGCUAAUUCCAACCGUUGGUGUUGUUGAUUCAAAUUGCAAUCCAAAUUUGAUAACGUAUACAAUUCCUGGAAAUGACGAUAGUCGGGCAUCUGUUGAAUUUUUUUGUAAUAUGUUCAAACAAGCAAUUUUACGUGGAAAGCAAAAAGCCCAAGAAGAUGCUGAAAAAAGUAGAAAAAUAUCGGAACAAAAUAUUGAGAAAGAUACAAUGACAAUUAUACAGUAAAUACACACUAUGCAUUUGUGUAAAUAAAGAAAGAAGAACUAAUUUAA